GCCAUGCUGGGCCUGAGAGGCUCAGGCAGACAUGUAUUUACCCAUAUCCGGGUUAGAGAGGAAAAGAAAAAAACUUUCAUUUAAACCUGAACAAAAACUUUCAACAUGAAAUCCCACAGCAGAAACAAGCACGGGAAGUAAGGCUUCGCCAUUUCUAAUCCAAAUCAGGAUUUUAUUACAGGGGAGAUUUGGAGUUACGUGGUAUUUAAACGAGUCUUUUUUUCUGUUUCUUUUUUGCCUUUUCUUCACUGGCUGACUGGACUAAACGUUGAAAUGAUCAUGGCCGCUCAAGUAGCAGCAGCUCCGCCGAAUGCAAGCAACAAAAACCCAACUUUAUCUACUAAUUUAAAUCAGGAUUUAAACUCUGUUAAGUCUGGGGGGACCGGACCAGGACCUGGAUCGAUGCUUGUUGUCAGAGAUGGAACUAACAACAGUAUGAAUAAUGUAGAUCACCAUCAUCACCACCAUCAUAAUGAACUGAACAUGGCUAAUGCAACUUCUGCUCCUUCAAAUAGCUCAGACUCUGUUCCGAAAGAAGGUGGAAAUACAGCUUUGAAUUUGUCUAAUGCUAACACUGCUGCUUCUUCGACGGUGGAACCGGGGUUGAUAGCGAACCACAAACUGAAAACCAUUGGAGGAGAUUCCCCACCUCCCCACCACCAUUCAGCACAACCUUCUCAACUAAAUCAGUUUCAACAACAACAGCAUCACCCCCAUCAGAUUCAGAAUAACAACAUUAAUAACCAGUCCCCCGAAAUGGAAAGCCGACAGCAGCACGGCGCUGGGAAAGACGGUAUUUUAUCAGGGAAUCAGCCUGAGCAGCAACAACAACAACAAAUGUUGAAUAAAAGUGCAGAGGAUGAUUUGACUGUUAAAAUGGGUGAGCAGCCGACGGGCGGCCGGUUCGACCACCCUAACACGGGACCAUCUAAUAGCAUGAACAGUCAACAAUCAAGUGGGGUUAAUCACAAUGUCCAGGAGUUUAAUAAUUAUUAUGGUAUUGCUAGAGGAGGGCCUUGCUUUGAUCAACAUGGUGGACAACAAAGCUCUGGGAUGGGGAUAGUACACUCUUCAGCUCCGAACAGCAUGGACCCGAUGCCAAAUUCCCACGAAGGCUACUCAAACAGUCAGAAUAGUCCUUAUUCGAAUUACAGGCCUGGUAAUACUAGUUCUGGAUAUGGAAUGAUGAGCUCUCCCAGGCAUACAAAUAGCAUGAUGAUGGGCCCAGGCAACAGCAGUACUAACCAUGGCAAGGCUGCUAUGUCUGGUGGGGUUGGAGGUGGAGCAGCUGGUGGAGGGUUCCAGAGAUAUCCAGGGCAGAACCAGCACCCUUCAGGGGCAACACCCACCCUGAACCAUCUGCUGACUUCCCCCAGCCCCCUCAUGAGGAACUACGGGAGCGGUUACCCUGAGUAUAACACCCCAAAUAUGCUGCAGCAUCAAAAACAGUCAAGCAUGGGGCUGGGCAAAGACAUGGGUUCUUCCUCUCAGUAUGGGACUGCCCAGACAUCGAACUGGGCAACUGCAGCAGCUCAACAAAGGACCCAUCCUGCUAUGAGCCCUGGGAACACCAGUCAGCAGGUCAUGAACAGACCCCAGGGCAGUCAGAUGGAGCCAAUGAUAAAGAGGCAGCAGGUGUAUGGAAUGGCCACUUAUUCUCAGCAGCAGCAGCCAUCAACUCCCCAGUGGCAGCAGGGAACGUAUUACCAUGGGCAGUCUUAUGGGCCACCUACCCCUCAGCGAUAUUCGAUGGGAAUACAAGCGUGGAACCAUGCUGGCAUGGGAGGGAUGCAGUUUCCACAGCAGCAGAUGGGACCUCAGUAUGGUCAGCAGGGUGCAAGUGGCUACUGCCAGCAAGGCCAACAGACGUACUACAGUCAGCAACAACCACCACCACAACCACAGACACAGUCACCACAACCACCUGCACAGGCGCCAACUUCACAGACCUCCUAUAUGCAGCAGCAACAGCAGCCUCAGCAACAGCCAGCAUCCCGAUACCAGCCCCAACAGGAUAUCUCUCAGGAAGGCUUUGGAACCCGAACUCAACAACCAAUGACACCAGGAAAGUCAAACCAUGAAGAUAUGUCCAUAAUGCAACAGGAAAGGCCUUCAAGCUUACCGGACUUGUCUGGUUCGAUUGAUGACUUGCCAACAGGAACGGAAGCCACACUAAGUUCAGCUGUCAGUGCCUCAGGGUCAACAAGUAGUCAAGGAGAACAGAGUAAUCCAGCACAGUCUCCGUUUUCUCCACAUGCCUCGCCACAUCUUUCUGGUAUCCCUGGAGGUCCGUCUCCAUCCCCCGUGGGUUCUCCAGUUGGAAGCAGUCAGUCGAGAUCGGGACCCAUUUCCCCUGCAAGUAUUCCAGGUAGUCAGAUGCCAUCUCAACCUCCCAGUACCCAACCUGAAACCAUCACACAUCCCGCCAUAAGUCAGUCACCUAUGCCUCAGGACAGAGGUUUUAUACCAUCCAUGCAUAGAAAUCCUCCAGUGUCUCAGUAUACACCACAACAGAUUGGACCUUCCAUGUCACCUCAUCCACAUCCGUCACCUGGAGGGCAAGCACAUACGGGUAUGAGUAGUUUUCAACAAAACGGCUCCAGUAGCAGCUAUGGGCAUCAAAUUGGCCAGUAUGGACCACAAGGUAACUACUCACGACCUUCUAAUUACAGUGGAGGACCGAGUACAGGCUAUAGUGGUCCUGGUCCUGGUCUGGGAAUCAAUGCAACAAACCAGAUGCAAGGUCAAGUUCUAGGCCAGCCUUGUGGCAACGUGUCCAUGGGCAGAAUGCCCACAGCUGUGAUGAGCAAUCGUCAUUACUCAGGAGGCAUGGGCAUGACGCCGAACUCGCCCAGCGUGCCACAACAGGGUAUACCAGGGAUGGGGCCCCCCAACAUAAAUCGUAAGGCACAGGAAGCAGCUGCUGCUGUGAUGCAGGCUGCUGCUAAUUCAACCCAGAGCAGGCAGAACAACUUCCCCAGCGUAAACCAAAGUGGGAUGAUGGGUGCCAGUUCUCCUUAUGGUCAGUCCAUGAGUAACAGCUCGGCCAUGAUGAAUCAGCAGCUGUCAUCGUACAACAUGGCUUCCAAUAUGGUGAACAGUUCUCCAGGGCCUAUGGGACUUGGAGCAGACAUGAUGGGCCAUGGAGAUCACAAGCUUCCAAUGUCUUUGAAAGCUGACCUUGUGGAAGAAGGACCUAUCCCAGUUGAAACCAAGUCAAAGGAUAGCUACAUCUGUCAUGGUUUUUCUCAACCCCCAACCCCAGGCAGCCUGCCUGUCCCUUCCCCCAUGUCCCCAAGCUCUGCUAACAUCUCCUCAUUUCAUGGAGAUGAAUGUGAUAGCAGUAACAGCCCAGGCUGGCCAAAGACUCCAUCAAGCCCUAAAUCAGGUUCUUCUGGCACAACAGGAGAGAAGAUAACUAAGCUCUAUGAGUUGGGGAAUGAACCAGAACGCAAGCCGUGGGUGGAUCAUUAUCUCUGCUUCAUGGAAGAAAGAGGUACUCCUGUGGCCACUCUUCCUGCUGUUGGCAAGAAGCCCUUGGAUCUCUUUCGUCUCUAUGCUUGUGUCAAGGACAUUGGUGGCCUAACACUGGUUAAUAAAAACAAGAAGUGGCGGGAGUUGGCAAGUAACCUUAAUGUUGGCACAUCGAGCAGUGCUGCUAGUUCCUUGAAGAAACAGUACACUCAGUACCUCUUUGCCUUUGAGUGCAAGAUUGAACGUGGAGAAGAACCCCCUCCUGAGGUCUUCAGUGCAGCUGAAUCAAAAAAGCAGCACAAGAUACAACCACCAUCUCCUGCAAAUUCUGGUUCCUUGCAAGGUCCACAAACACCACAGUCAAGUAGUAGUAACUCCCUAAUCGAAGCCCCUAUAGACAUGAAGCCUCCAACUCCAGUGCCACCAUCACAUGGUCAGAUGCCAGCAAUGCAGGGAAGCAGAAGCAACACAAUAAGCGUACAGGAUCCAUUUUCGGAUGUGAGUGAUUCAACAUUCCAGAAACGAAAUGCCAUGACGUCAAAUGCACCAUACCAACAAGGAAUGAACAUGUCUGACAUGAUGGGGCGCAUGCCAUAUGAACCAAACAAGGAUCCUUUCAGCGGAAUGCGAAAAGUGUCUGCAGGUAGUGAGCCCUACAUGCCCCCUGGUCAAAUGCCCAACAGUGGAAUGCAGGACAUGUACAGCAGGACCCCUUCAGGAGGAAUGCCUGGUAUGGGCAUGUCUCAACGGCAACCCUUUCCUUAUGGGAGUGGAUACGACAGAAGGUCAGAACAUGGAAUGGGCCAUGAAGGCAGUGUGGGACCUAGUGGCCAAAAUAAUAUGGUGCCUUCAAAUAAUGACCCAAGCGUUUACUCUCCAACCCGUUAUCCAGUCCAGCAAAGGCAUGAGCCCUAUGGGCAGCAGUAUGCAGGACAAGCACCUCCCUCAGGACAACCACCAUAUGGAGGUCAUCAACCUGGAAUGUAUCCCCAGCAAGCGAAUUAUAAGCGUCACAUGGAUGGCAUGUAUGGCCCCCCAGCUAAGCGACCUGAAAAUGAAAUGUAUAAUGUGCAGUAUGGGAACCAGCAGCAGGAAAUGUAUAAUCAGUAUGGAAACACAUACUCUGGACCUGACAGAAGGCCUGUGCAAGGACAAUACCCAUACCCCUACAACAGAGAGAGACUGCAGGGCCCUACACAAAUUCAGCAGCAUGGAAUGCCACCACAGAUGAUGGGAAAUUCCAUGCAGUCCACACCAUCUGAAGGGACCCAACAAAACAUGUGGCAGUCACGGAAUGAUAUGUCUUAUUCAUACCAGAACAGGCAAGGUCCAGGGGGCCCUUCACAGGCCGCACCGUACCCAGGGAUGACACGUACAGAGGACAUGAUGGUACCAGACCAGCGAAUGAACCAUGAGAAUCAGUGGCCUUCUCAUGUUAACCAACGACAGUCUUCAUUUAUGACUUCCUCUGCAUCUAUGCCACCUAUCACACGGCCUCCCUCAUCUUCCUACCAAACGCCGCCUUCUUUGCCAAAUCACAUUUCCAGAGCUCCCAGCCCAGCUUCCUUUCAGCGGUCUCUAGAAAACCGAAUGUCUCCAAGCAAGUCCCCAUUCCUUCCAUCAAUGAAGAUGCAGAAAGGCAUACCACCAGUUUCAGCCUCUCCGGUCACUACCCCUUCAGUUCCAACCCCACCAGCAAGGCGGGAAAUUACUUUUCCUCCAGGUUCUGUAGAAGCAACACAAGCUGUCUUAAAAGCAAGGCGAAAAAUUACCUCAAAAGAUAUCGGAACUCCCGAAGCAUGGCGAGUGAUGAUGUCUCUCAAAUCUGGCCUGUUGGCUGAAAGCACUUGGGCUCUAGACACCAUGAAUAUCCUCUUGUAUGACGAUAGUACUGUUGCUACUUUUAUUCUUUCUCAGUUACCAGGAUUCUUUGAACUUUUGGUUGAAUAUUGCAGAAGAUGCCUGAUUGAAAUUUUUAAUAUACUUAGAGAGUAUGAAGUCGGAGAUCCAGGUCAGGAAGCAUUGUUUGUCGAAAAUGCUGUUAAAAAAGAAAGCACUGAGUCCAAAGUUGAGGAGUGUGGUACUGAAGAGGAGCAGGAGGAUGAUGAGGAGGAGGAGGAGGAAGAUGAGGAAGACGAAGAGGAAGAAGAUGAGGAAGACGAAAAGGAAGCUGAAGAAAUGGAAGACCAAGCCAGUGUUGACAGUGACAACGAUACUUCAAAUAGUGACAUGUCACAAAAUAAACCCAAACAAGCUAGUAAAUUUGACAAGCUGCCAAUAAAAAUUGUGGAAAAGGACGAUCUCUUCGUUGUUGACCGCUCUGACAAGCUUGGCCGAGUUCAGGAAUUUAACAGUGGUCUUCUUCAUUGGCAGAUUGGUGGGGGUGACAUAACUGAACACAUACAGAUGCACUUUGAGACUAAACCCAUAAUACCUCCACGCACUAGAGCAUGUUUUCCAAGCUCCCCAAGAAAAGAAAGAAAAAGGAAAGACACUGAGGGGAAUGAUGCAUGUUUAAUAGAGAAACAUUCUGAGAAAAGCAUAACAGCAACUAUAGAUGAUGUGCUUUCAGCUCGUCCAGGGACUUUACCAGAAGACAGUAACAACAGGUUAUCGUCAGAGGUAGAAGCUGGAAAGUUUCCAUUUGUCAUCCACCAAGGUAAAAGUCACAAAAACAUCAAGCUACUGGAGGAUGAGCCAAAAAGCCAUGAUGAACUCCCUUUGUGUACAGUAGCUGACUGGCAGGACUCCUUGGCAAAACGGUGCAUUUGUGUGUCAAAUAUUAUUCGGAGUUUGUCUUUUGUGCCUGGAAAUGAUGUAGAAAUGUCUAAACAUCCUGGCUUAGUGUUGAUCCUGGGAAAGUUGAUCCUUCUUCACCAUGAGCAUCCGGAGAGGAAACGGGCACCACAGACCUAUGAGAAAGAAGAGGAAGACAAAGGAGUUGCCUGCAGCAAAGAUGAGUGGUGGUGGGACUGCCUUGAUGUCUUAAGGGAGAAUGCUUUGGUUACAUUAGCCAACAUUUCUGGGCAGUUGGACCUAUCUGUUUACCCAGAAAGCAUUUGUUUGCCAAUUUUGGAUGGUUUGCUACAUUGGAUGGUGUGCCCAUCUGCUGAGUCCCAGGAUCCUUUUCCCACUGUGGGACCUAAUAUUGCCCUAUCACCUCAAAGACUUGUGCUAGAGACACUUUGCAAGCUCAGCAUCCAUGACAGUAAUGUGGACCUUAUUUUGGCAACUCCUCCUUUUAGUCGUCAGGAGAAAGUAUACGCUACAAUGGUUAGGUACGUUGGGGACCGUAAAACUCCUGUUUGUCGAGAAAUGGCCAUGGUUCUUUUAUCAAAUCUUGCCCAGGGGGACACAGUAGCAGCCAGAGCCAUAGCUGUGCAGAAGGGGAGCAUUGGAAAUUUGAUAAGCUUCUUAGAGGAUGGUGUCACUAUGGCCCAGUUUCAGCAGAACCAGCAUAAUGUUAUACACAUGCAACUUCCACCUCUAGAGCCCCCCAGUGUGGACAUGAUGUGCCGGGCAGCCAGGGCCUUGCUAGCUAUGGCCAAAGUGGAAGAAAACCACUCAGAAUUCCUUUUGCACGAGGGCCGCUUGCUGGAUAUCUCUAUAUCUACUGUCCUGAACUCUGCAGUGGCCUCUGUCAUUUGUGAUGUACUGUUUCAUAUUGGGGAGUUAUGACAUAGGUUGGAAACCAAGCAAGUGUGAGUGGAGACAGAGGUCACAAAUACUGGGCUGAUUUGGGUCUUAUUUAUCCAACAUAGCAAGAGUAAUCUUUGUUCCUUUGCCCCAUUCACUUUUACCAAUUGGGAUUAACAAAAGUCAUAAUGCAAAUGGUUAUAAAAUUAAUAUUUGCUGUCUAUGUGUAUAAGGACUUUUUAAUUUUUUUUAUUUUAAAUUUUUUUUACCAAAGUUUCUGUCUAGUACAUUCACCAACUGGCUAUCUUCCAAGAAAUUCCUUCAGGAUGUUUCUUUCAUGUUUAUACUGCAUAUUUUGGAAGCAAAAUAAUGACUUAAAAUGUUAAGGCAAACCUUGUUUGAUGGAUGGAAUGCUCUUUUUUUCUCAUAAGAGUUGCAGAUGGCUGUAAAAUUCGAAAACCUCUAUCCACCACCAAAAGUGCUGUGCAAUAGAACUUGGUAAUCUAGGUCUAGAGGAUCAAAGAGGUGUCAGUAGUCAUAUAACAUAUCAAUUUCUCCACAGGAGAAUGCUGGGCUAGGCUUUCAAUUAAACAAUAAAAUAAAGUAUAAAAAGUUUAAAAAGAGAUUUUGAAUAAAGUAUAACAUAAUUUGCUUCCUCACCAGUGCUGUCAUAUCUGCAUCAUUUUUGACCUUCCACAGUAUGACAGUUUACGGUUACUUUUACUCAUGUUUGUCUUUUUCAGAGAGAAUAUCAACUUUUUUUCUUUUCUUUGCUAAUGGCCGUGUUGUAUAUAGAAGUUGUACAUUCAGUAUACCCUCACAUUUUCUUUCUUUUUUUUUUUUUUUUUUUUUUUCUUUCUUUUAGUAUAAGAUUUAGAUUUUCCAUGAUGUGGUUACUACAAAGUGCUGGUAGUUUUUAAUAUUUCUAUUAUUUGGGCCAUAUCUCCAAAGAGGGUAAUGUACAAGUUUCUGUAUGUAUAAAGUUGUGCUCUAUUUCGGGAGAGCAGCUAAUCAUGAUCUGCUUCAUAAUCAAGGUGUGGAAAUGGUUUGGCUACAGGUUAUGAUUAGAAAUGGUUAAAACUUAAAACACAACUUCAAAGAUUUUUUCAGUGAUGCGAAUCGGCAUAUUUGUAUUUCAGAUAAUGUAGUUAAAACUUGAUGUAAAUUCCUCCUUUUCCUCUGGCUUAAUGAAUAUCAUUUAUUCAGUAUAAAUCUUUAUACUAUAUGUUCCACAUGUUAAGAAUAAAUGUACAUUAAAUCUUGUUAA